CAAACGAAACCAGGAAGUGUUUUAUAGGAUCACCACUUUGACUGUUUUGAGGGAGUUGACAUUAGUGGAAAAAACUUUUUCACUGCAAGCUUUGGAAUUUAAAGACUGCUUUGGUUUCGGGGAAAAGGGAGUCACCGUUCUAGAAGAUUUGAAGAUGAUUCGGUCACUGACUCGCAUCAUGUCUCUUUUGGCUGUUAUUAUUCCUGCUGCCCACGGUGGGAAAAUUCUGGUGUUUCCAAAUGACGGAAGCCACUGGGUGAACAUGAAGAUACUUGUUGAGGAGCUGCAUUCAAGGGGACACACUGUGACGGUAAUGCGGGCCGCAGACAGUUGGUACAUCAGUGAAAUGUCUCCACAUUACAACACCGUCACAGUGGAUAUUGCUGGUGGUGCAAAUGAGGAUUUUUUUAAACUCUUUGUCUCAGAAGUUAUUAAAAUUAAACGAAGCAAGGGGUCUGUUUGGGCCCAAUUAGCUCUAGACCUGGAGUUAAAAGAAAAGUUUUCAGACUUACACAAGAAAGUGUGUGAGGUGGUUGAGUAUGUUUUUGAAAAUAAGGAAUUAAUGAAGUCCUUCCAAGAUGCCAAGUAUGAUGUUGUUUUGACUGACCCUGCUCAAGGAGGAGGAGUCAUGCUUGCUCACUACCUUGGAUUGCCACUAGUGUUUAAUGCUCGAUGGACGGUUCAUGGCGAGGCCCACUUUGCUAUUGCACCUUCUCCGCUUUCCUAUGUCCCGCUUCCACCUUCAGAACUAACAGAUCAAAUGACUUUCUUUGAGAGGGUCAAAAACAUUUUGUUUUACACCAUGAGGAUGCAUCUGUACAAACAGACAGUUGGACCACAUUAUUCUGCAUUGACCAACCGCUACAUUGGCCCAGAUGUAGACUACUUCUCCCUGUUUCAAGCAGCAGACUUGUGGCUGAUGAGAGUGGACUUUGUGUUUGAGUUCCCCCGUCCCACCAUGCCGAAUGUUGUGUACAUGGGAGGGUUCCAGUGCAGACCAGCAAAACCUCUGCCUCAACACCUGGAGGAUUUUGUGCAGAGUUCUGGAGAACACGGAGUCGUCAUCAUGUCUCUGGGGACUUUGAUUGGAGAGCUCCCCCCUGACUUAGCCGAUGAGAUCGCUGCAGCUUUUGCUAAAUUACCUCAGAAAGUCAUCUGGAGGCAUAAAGGUGACAGACCAGCCACUCUGGGCAAUAACACUUUACUAGUGGACUGGAUGCCACAGAACGACCUCCUGGGACAUCCAAAGAUUAAACUGUUUGUGGCACAUGGAGGAACUAAUGGAAUUUAUGAGGCUAUAUAUCAUGGGGUUCCAAUUGUAGGCAUUCCCAUUGUGUUUGAUCAAGCUGAUAACCUCUCCAGACUGAGAGCAAAGGGAACAGCAAAGGUUAUAGAUAUUUUUCAAUUAGAUAGGGAAACAUUUCAGUCUGCCAUACAGGAAGUCCUGAAUGAGCCCUCGUACAGAAUGAACAUGCAGAGACUCUCCUGGCUGCACAGAGAUCAGCCAACAACACCACUGGAUAAAGCCCUCUUCUGGAUAGAGUUUGUCAUGAGGCACAAAGGUGCAGCUCAUCUGAGAACAGAGUCCUACAGACUGCCCUGGUAUUCCUACCACUCUGUAGAUGUAGUGUUGUUUUUGCUAACAGUUGCACUGGUUGUUUUGUUAUUAUUUGUUGGGUUGGUACGGUCGUGCUUCAGAUUGUGUUUGAAAAGAAAAGUGAAAUCCGACUAACGAGGAAGGAUUCAUUAUUAAUUUUCAUUCCGACUAAUAUGUUACAGUCAGUUUGGAGGACGAGUGGAAAACUGAGAGAGUAUAUGUUUUACUUUUGGAUUUUACUUUGAGUCUACUGAUACUUUCCCGACUUAAAAUGUAUUUUUAAAAAAAAUCAGUUUUGACAACCAACUUUGCUGUAUGAAAUCUGUUGGAUUAUUUUGACUAAAGUUGAAUCAAUUUAACAUUUACUUUUGACAAACCAGUAGAAAGUCUGAAAACUCAGAAAAUAAAAACUACCACAGUUUUUAA